UGAGCUUUACAUUCCGAAAGUAGCCAAAAGGAGUAGGCCUAAAGCUGGUUAAUUAUCACAAUCAGGUGUUAAAGUACGAAAUACAGUACAAUCAAUAUGCAUCGAGGAGGUGGAAGUGGUGGUAUGUACAACCGGUUUGUACCGGCUAGCCGAGGCCGGGACAAGAAAUCCCUUUACAGUAAUGCCAUCAUGGGCUUUGAUGAGCAAGACUUGGAGAAGAUCAAGAAGAGACACAGGACAGAACAAGAGUAUUUUGAUGCUGACAGUGAUGAAGAGACUGGUGGCCCCGCCCCAAAGAAACAUGAUACCUUUGGAGAUAGGUACAGAAACCUGUACUACGAGGAGAAAGCACCACCUAAAAAAGAAGAGAGCAGCGACGAAGAGGACCCCUUGGAUGCUUUCAUGGCUGGAAUCAAGGAUGAAUUGAGCAAGGAAGAGAAAGAGAUGGAAGCAAAGAGAAACAAGAAAAAGGCAACCAGAACAGACAUUGAGGAACUGGAUGAAAUGGAAGAAUAUAUGAAAUACAUGGAGGAGAACCCGGAAGCAGGCUUGAAUACUCUCCCUAUCAACGAUGAGGAUGAACCUAUCGAUUAUGAUGCUGACGGCAAUCCCAUAGUUCCAGAGAGGUCAAAGAUCAUCGACCCACUUCCUCCAGUGGAUCACUCUAUGAUUGACUAUGAGCCAUUCAACAAGAAUUUCUACAAUGAACACGAGUCUAUUCAGUCUCUGAACUACUCUGUUGUGAUGGAACUACGCAAGAAACUUGGGAUCAAGGUAUCCGGAGCUGAUCCCCCUAAACCAGCUACCAGCUUUGCUCACUUUGGUUUUGAUGAACAACUCAUGCAUUGUAUCAGGAAGUCUGACUUCUCCAGCCCCACUCCAAUUCAGGCACAGGGCGUUCCCAUUGCCAUGUGUGGUCGUGAUAUUAUCGGUAUUGCUAAGACUGGCAGUGGGAAGACAGCUGCUUUUGUGUGGCCUAUGCUGGUACACAUUAUGGAUCAGAGAGCAAUCAAGAAAGGUGAUGGGCCCAUUGGUCUUAUUUGUGCUCCUACCAGAGAACUGGCUCAACAGAUUUAUAUUGAGGUGAAGAAGUUUGGGAAGGCAUACAACAUCCACUGCGUCUGUGCUUACGGCGGUGGUAACAUGCAUGAACAACAGAGGGCAUGUGACGAAGGUCCAGAGGUCAUCGUUGCCACACCGGGGCGUUUGAUUGAUCUAGUAAAGAAGAAAGCUACAAACCUACGUAGAGUAUCAUAUCUUGUGUUUGAUGAGGCUGAUAGGAUGUUUGAUAUGGGCUUUGAACCUCAAGUGCGGUCCAUAGCCAACCAUGUAAGACCUGACAGACAAACUCUUCUCUUCAGUGCUACAUUCAGGAAGAAGGUAGAACGCCUUGCCCGAGAUAUCCUGACAGAUCCCAUCAGAGUUAUACAGGGAGAUAUUGGAGAGGCCAACCAAGAUGUAACCCAGGUUGUAGAAAUCUUCAGUGAUCAAACCAAGAAGUUUCCGUGGCUCCUUGCUCGGCUGGUUCGCUUCACCACAGAGGGCAGUGUUCUGAUUUUUGUAACAAAGAAAAUCAAUGCAGAAGAACUGGCCACUAGCCUCAAGAGAAAAGAUUUUGAAGUUGGUUUGCUUCAUGGAGAUAUGAACCAGCUGGAGAGGAAUGAAGUCAUUACAUCUUUCAAGAGGAGGGCUAUACCAAUCCUAGUUGCAACGGAUGUAGCAGCGCGAGGUCUUGAUAUCCCGUCAAUCAAGAAUGUUGUCAACUAUGACGUAGCUAGAGACAUUGAUACUCAUACACAUAGGAUAGGAAGAACUGGACGUGCAGGUGAGAAGGGAACAGCCUACACACUCAUCCUGAAGAAAGAAAACCAGUUUGCCGGUGACCUUGUCCGGAACUUAGAGGGCGCCGAUCAAGCCGUGCCCAAAUCACUCCUAGAUCUUGCCAUGCAGAAUCCCUACUUCAAGAAGUCCCGUUACCGGGCGGGCAAGGGGAAACGUCUCAACAUCGGAGGCGGUGGCCUUGGUUACCGUGAGCGGCCGUCAGGAGGGGGAAGCAGCGGAGGAGGGUCGUCCAUGGAAUUCCUCGGUUCCUCUGACGGUGACGAAGGAGAUAGAGGUGUAGGGAGUCUUUAUGCCAACAGACUUCAUGCUAUGAAGAGUGCUUUCUCUAACCAGUUCAAGUCUCAUUUUGUGGCUUCCAGCUCCUCCCCGUCCACGUCCAACCUGUCGUUCCGAACCCCGACCCAGUUUGAACCUGCCAGUAACGUGGGAGGGGGAGCCCCCAAGGCCCCACCUGCCCAGGCCUACAAGCACCCCACCCCUACCCCUCAGGGUGGGGCGUACAUCAGUAGUAGUCAAGUCAGUAGCAGCACCGGUGGAUAUCACUCUGCUACCGCCCCCAUGGUCCGAACCUACACGCCAGGUGCCUCCGCCUCCUAUGCACCAUCAGCGACGUCACCGUCAUCAUCACAAGGGAACGAGGCGUCCGGUCACGAGAGAGGUUCAAGCGUCAGCUUCGGGCACAUCCGCAGAUCCAACAUGGGCCGCGAUCGCAGCUCAGGAGGGGGUCAUGGGGACCGACGGCACAGCAGCAGCAGCGACGGACGGGAUCAUCAUCGAGAGGAUAGAUCUGAGAGAGGUCGCGAAGAUGACGAUGGGUCAGAGGUCAAAGUUGAACAGGAAGGGGAUGUUGAAAUCCCCGAUGGGUCAACGAAAGAGGGCAAUGACCACGGGUGGACUCUGAGAGGGGUUAACUUCGGGGUUGGAAGUGAAACCGCUGGGUUACAUGGUAGCAUGGUCAGUAGUAGCAGUAUCAGUAGCAGCUCAUCGGCUGGUAGCUCAACAGGCGGAAGUUCUGCUGAACAGACGAAACCCAAACGAAAGAGUCGUUGGGAUACAUAAGAAGCGCAGAGUUAUUUCAUGUCAUUUCUUGUGUGUAUGUAUUCUAUUAUACCUAGUUAUAUUAUUGUACAGGUUUUUGAUUAUGAAAUUCCAUGACCCUGAUGUGAACAUAACAUCAAUGGGGUGAUUCACUAGCUGUUUGGGAAGCUAUGAACAACCUUAUGAAUUACUUAAUAUGAAGUGCCAAUAUGUGAACCCAAAUUGUUUUUCUUUUGACCAGGUAUGAAUUUUCUUGAUGUUUACUUUUAAAUUCUGUAAUUGUAUCUCGGAGUAAAAGGUAACUUUUGGAUGAUACCUAACUCGAGUUUUGGGGGCUUUUAGGCAUAUAGGUUCAUUUUCAGGAAAAGGUCACAAUACAUGAAAAUCUCAAUUAAACCAUCUUGCAACCCACAGUCCGAUACCCUCCCCAGAGUGAACUCAAAUGAAAAUCUGCACAAUGCAUCAAUUUUCAGUGACCAGCAACUCCCUGAUCCGAAAAUGUUGAUAUUAAAAUGUUUUGUUACGGAUUUUAAUGUUAUGGAAGUUUACAAACAAGUUCACAUUUUCAAGCCAAAGCGUCACUAUCCAUUAAGCACAUAGCUGUUUUAAACGCCACAGAUUGUAUAACAGUCGUUAAUGUUUUUGGUGUUUGAAAUUCGCAUGCGUUUUCAAGAUAAAGCAUCACUGGCCAUUUUCACCAAUAAUAAUAAUGGGCAUUUGUAUAGCGCCAUCUAUCUAGAAAUAUUCUAUUCCGAGGCGCGCUGUUA